AUACAAAAAUAAAUAAUAAAUAAAAUUACCCUUUUCUCUUCUCUCUCUUCUUUCAUUGACACACUUUGCUGUUUCCAUUGGCAUUAGUUUCAGUUUUGGUUUAAGCAAACCAUUGUCCCUCUGCUUAUUUUGUGGCCUUGUAAGAGGGUGUUAGGUCCCGUCUCUCUCUUUAUCUGCAUUAUUUGUGGCUAUUGUCAUAUUGUCUGGUUUGAUUUUUCAAACCCAACAAGGUUUUCUUUCAACCAAGGAUGCCAAUUCAUUAACUUUUCUGGGAUUUAAGGUAUUCUUUUUCAUCCUGCAGUUUUUCUUGGCAUUUGCAAGUGCUGAGGAAGUUAAGGGAAAAUCUGAGACAACCAAAAAUUGGACUUUUAGCUUCAUUCAGAUAAAGUUUUCACUUUUCGGGUUUGUGAGAACUCAAAUCUAUAUAAUUUGAUGCAAUUCGCUGGAGGGUAUUUUUUGUAAUUUAUCAAGAAGUUGUUUUUUUGCAACUGUUAAAACACCUUUCUGAAUGCUUGGGACUACAGAGCUGUGGAAACUGUUUCAUUCUUUUUUCAGUUAUCAGGGUUAAGACAGCACAAAUUGAGGCCUGCACUAAGAUUAAACGGUGAAGGGAGAAAAAGGAGGUUCAUUUACUUAUCUUUAUUCACAACGGAUUUUGAUUUGAUAUGGAGAUGAUAUCUCUGUGUGAGCUCUGUGAAGUUCUGGAUUCUGUAUUGUUGCGUUGGUAGUAAAAUCAUGAUCAUUUCCCAGAAAGGGUGUGGACUUUGCAAUAUUGUGUGAGUAGAUUUAAGGGUAACUAAUCAUACAGCUUUUUGAAGAGGGUGCAAUUGAUUGAUUGUGGUGGUUGGUGUGUUUGAGUUUAAUUGGAGAAGAAAGGUUGAUAUGGCAGCAAAACUCCUGCAUUCUUUAGCAGAUGACAACCCAGAUCUGCAGAAGCAGAUAGGAUGUAUGACUGGGAUUUUCCAACUCUUUGAUCGGCACCAUAUUCUCACGGCUCGCCGCAUUAACCAGAAGAGGCUUCCUUCUGGUACUUCGCACUUCAGUGAUGGCAGCUUAGAAAGAGAUUCGGAUACCAUACACCAUCCCCAGGCUGCUACUGAUACUACUAGCUUAAACAAGGGUGUGAACGAAAGGCAAAGAAUUUCAACAGAAUCAUCAAGAGCAUCGUUCUCUUCGUGUUCAUCAUCAGUGUCCUCUCUGGACUGUAAGGCUGAAGCAGAGGCUGCAAUGGACAGGAUUGUUUUUCCUGAAACUCCUUCAAGGGAUACAGUUACGAACCAACCAACCAUCUCUCCCCAUUUAGGACGUCACUCCCUUGACCUGAGGGAUGUAGUGAAGGACUCUAUGUAUAGAGACGCUCGAGGACUGUCAGUGAAGACUACAGGCAGAGAGGAAUCUGCCAUUCAUGCCAUGAAACACAAGGAUUCCCCGCGACCUAUUCAGCUGUCCAAAACAGUUGAUGGAUCUUAUGGAGUUGGAAUAGAUGGAAAACAAAGUGUGUCGAUUGAUCUAAAGGAAUCUAUCCGGGUCCUUGCUAAACUUAGAGAAGCACCUUGGUAUUAUGAAACCAAAGAACAUCCAAGAUCAUCAUAUGAAGUAAAAGAUGGACACUGGCAUUCCCUCCCAAAGGAAGCUCCUUGGUUUGCUUAUGAAGGAAAAGAAAUAAGCCGUUUAUCUUUUGAAUCACGAGAUACCAUAAAAUCCACACCAAAGCUGAAAGAGCUUCCUAGGCUUUCACUGGAUAGUAAGGAAGGUUCAUUGCGCUCAAGAAACAUUUAUGGUGGCACCUCUGCCUCCACCUCAAAUGACAAAUUCUCUAGCCCACAUCAGUCUUCAGCAACCCCAAGUCGUCCACCUAGUGUUGUGGCAAAAUUAAUGGGCUUGGAAGCAUUACCAGAGUCCUCUUUGGCUGGUGAAACUCAAUCAUGUUCAACUGAAACUUACUCAGUUCAAAGUAAUGGUCAGUUUCCUUCCAAAAAUGGACUCACCCGGCCACUCCGAGUUUCUGGUUCUCCAAAAAUCUCACUGAAAGACCCAACUUCUCCUCGGAGAAAGAAUCCUGAUCUGGUUAUGAAACCCAUUUCAAGUUCAAGGUUCCCCAUUGAACCAGCGCCGUGGAAGCAGCAGGAUGGGGGAAACCGAAACUCACAAAAAUCAAGUUUAAGGCCCACAAAAGUUCCAGCAAGGGCACCGGACUCAUUUCCCUCAGUUUAUAGUGAGAUAGAGAAGAGAUUGAAGGAUCUCGAAUUCAAACAAUCUGGAAGGGAUCUCAGAGCACUAAAACAGAUACUGGAAGCAAUGCAAGAAAAGGGGCUCUUGGAGAGCAGAAAAGAAGAACAAGCUCCAAAUAUUGUUGCAAGUCAAAGUGACUAUGAACCAAAAGUUACCAAUCUAAUUCAGAAUACCAGGUCAGUAAGGCAACAAAAUCAUCAGAGAAACAAUUUUCUAUCUUCCACGCUCAAGGGAUCUGACUCAGAUGGGGCUUUUGAAUCCCCAAUAGUGAUAAUGAAACCUGCAAAACUUAUUGAGAAGACCGUGAUUUGUUCUUCUCCAGUCAUUCCAAUUGGUGGCUUUUCUGGAUCCCAUAAACACCAAAAUGGUGCUGUAUAUGUAGAUAAUAAGAACAGUAUAUCUACUCGAGUAGCGAAAGAUCAGUCCCCUAGAAACAUUCACCGGGAUGCUUCUGCGAGUUCCACUGAUAAGAAAGCAAGUGGUAGUAAGACUACAAGAUCAGUACACUCUCAGUCUAGGUCUCAACAAUUUCCCAAAGAAAAUAGCCAAAGUUCAGUGAAGCACUCAGGAUCUGUGAGCCCAAGAUUGCAUCCCAAGAAAUUGGAGUUAGAGAAGCGGUCUCGUCCACCUGCCCCCCCAUCAGAUUCUAAUAAACCCAGAAGGCAAUCUGGUAAGAAGGUAACAGAAUCAGGUUCACCAGGUGGAAAACUAAGACCCAAAACCCCCAACUUGCAGCAUAGUGAUGAACUAUUGAGUGAGAUGAGCAAUGAAUCAAGAAGUUUAAGCUGCCAUGGGGAUGAAGUUUCUCUGCAAUCAGACAGUUUCUCUGUCAACUCAAAGAUGGAUGUGGAAGUCACUAGUAGUUUACAAUCUGCUGAAAUUGAUAACAGCCAAAGCCCAUCCUUAAAGGCUAUGAAGCAAAUGGUUUCAGAAACAGUCCAGAAAAAAUCAGCUUCAAGAUUGGACGAGGAUGAAACAACUGCAGAACUUGCAACAAAUGCCCCAGAACAUCCUAGUCCUAUCUCAGUUCUUGAUGGUUCAGUCUACAGAGAUGAGAUGCCAUCCCCAGUAAAGCAGAUAUCUGAAGAUCCAAAAGGUGAUGAUACUCAAGAAUCUAAAGAAAAUGAUAUUAAUGAUCAGUGGAACGCUGCAGAUAGCCUUACAUAUAACAGCACAGGAACUGGAGAGAUCAAUCGCAAAAAGUUACAGAGCAUAGAUCACCUUGUUCAGAAGCUUAGACGGCUGAACUCCAGUCACGAUGAAGCUAGAAUCGAUUACAUUGCUUCCCUAUGCGAAAACACAAAUCCAGACCACAGAUACAUCUCUGAGAUAUUAUUAGCUUCAGGUCUCCUACUAAGAGAUCUGAGUUCCGAAUUGCUAUCAUUUCAAAUUCACUCGUCGGGUUAUCCCAUUAACCCGGAGUUAUUCCUUGUCUUGGAACAGACCAAGGCAAGUAGUUUACUUUCAAAGGAAGAAACCAGCCCUGGAAAAGUUGCAUACUUGAAGCUAAAUAAAGAAAAAUUUCACAGGAAACUCAUCUUUGAUGCUGUGAAUGAGAUUCUUGGUGCAAAAUUAGGCUCCUCCCUGGAGCCGUGGUUUCAGCCUAACAAUAACAGACUCACAAAGAAACCCCUCAGUGCUCAAAAGCUUCUCAAAGAACUAUGCUUUGAGAUAGAGAAAAUUCAAGCCAAGAAGCCAGAAUGCUGCUUAGAUAACGAAGAUGAUGGUCUGAAAAAUAUGCUGUGGGAAGAUGUUACGCAUGGCUCCGAAAGUUGGACAGAUUUUCAAGGUGAUUUACCUGCGGUUGUGUUGGAUAUUGAGAGACUCAUAUUUAAGGACUUGGUCGAUGAGAUUGUGAUUGGCGAAUCAGCUGGUUUGCGAGUCAAGUCAUCAGUUAGGCGCAGGAAGCUAUUUGGAAAGUAGUUUGUUGUUCAAUUCUUCCCAUUCUCACUUAUAUUAGAGAUUCUUAUAAUUUGCAUACACAUUUUUCUUAUGUCAAGCCAUAUAAAUUUGCUCACUAGAGCUUUGAUAAUUUUGUUUUUUGGGUAAGCUGUAAAGAAAUUUAAGUUGCCAUGGAUUUAUGGCUAUAUACUACAUAAAAACCAAAAGUUCCUUAUAUGAUACAUCUUUAUCUUUCACUAUUCACCCAUAUUAUUUUUGAGCCAUGGCUUCCCUCAAUUCCUUCAACUUUCAUGCCAUGAAUGCGUCACGACUUGAGAGUUGUCCACCUCAUGGAAGCUAGAGAAAACAAUUGGACAAUGAUAUAUGUAUACUCAAAUUCGGAAUCAUUGGCUCAUUAAGGGUGAUUUUAGUUUUUUAAGUUUUAAAAAUUUUAAAAACUAUAAAGAGCUUUCAGUUUUUAUAGCUUUCAUUUUAAUUUUUUAGAGUUUUUAGUUUUCAAAUUUUAAUAUCAAACAUUAAAUUUAAAACAUGCAAAUAACUCAAUACAUUUGAAUUUAUUUGUUGGGAAUGAGGUGGCAACUAGUGGUAGUAAUGACAACACUGGUGAUAAAUGGUUAAAAUUAUUAUUGACAAUCUAACUAUGAAUGUGAUGAUGAUCAUGAUGAUAGUAUUAACAUAGUAAUUAAUGAUUAUGGUGACAAUAACAGCAAGGGUGAUAAUAAAUGUAGUGAUAAUGCAAUCAUGUCAAUGGAUGAUGGUAAUAAAACAAUGAGAGUACGUAAUACUAAUAACAAUGAUUAUUAGUGGUAGUAUGAACAUCAAUGAUCGUAGUAAUAAUGAUAGUAGUAAAUAGUUAGGAAAAAUGAGAAAAAAUAAUAAAAAUUGUAGCAACAUUGAUGAUGAUGAUGGCAAUUAAUAAUAACAAUGUUUAUGGUAAUAUCAAUAGUGAAGGUAAUAGUAGUCAUAAUAAUAAUGGUCAAUCUUAGUGGUGACAUCUACAAAGAUUCAUUCACAAUGAUAAUGGUAGAAAUAACAAUAGUGGUAGGUGGUUUGAAGGCUUGUGGGAUAACAACAAAAGUAAUGAUAAAUGACAGUGUCUAUAAUGGUGAUAACAAUGAUUAUAGUAUUAAUUACUAAUAGUUGUGAUAGUAACAAUAACAAGAGUAGUAAUAGUUGUGACAAUAAUACAAUGAUGGUGAUAUUGUUACUAAUGAGAAUGAUCAGUCAGUAAUGAUAAUAGUGACAACAAUGAAAUUAAGAGAUAAUAACAAUGGUAGUAAUGGUAACAUAUAAGUCUUUUAUAAGAGAAAAUGAUAAAUGACAGUGUCUAUGAUAAUAAUAACAAUGGUUACAAUGUUAAUUAAUGAUAGUGAUGGUUGCGAUAGUAAUAAUAGCGAGAGUAAUAGUAGUGGUGACAAUAAUGCAACGAUGGUGAUGUUACUAAAGAGGAUGAUCAAUUAAUAAUGAUAGUAAUGACAACAAUGGAAUCAAGAGACGAUAACAAUGGUAGGAAGGGUAACAUAUAAGUUUUUUAGAAGAGAAAACAAAAUCAAAUGACUUAUUUUUAUAAUUAAAAUAACUUUAUAAAACACAAGGUUAAAUUAAUUUUAAAAUUAAGUUAAAACUUAAUUCAUGAUCAUUUUAACUAAAAUGUGUUUUGUUUGAACUCUUUUUUUAAACACAAGAAUAUAUAAACUUGUAUCUAUCCCAAAUUGUUCCUAAGUUGAAACAAAUUUCAACAAGUGAAUAUACAUAAUAUAUAAUAAAAUAAAUUUUGAUCAUACAGUCAUACAUAAAUAUUUAAGAUUGUUUUAACAAAAUUUAAUUGUUCAUUUUAAUUAUAUGACUAAGAUUUUUUAUUUUUAUCACACAUAAACAAACACAUGAAAAAAAGUAAGUUGAAUCUAGAUUUAUUAGGUACUUGUAAAAUAUCCUCAUGGUAGCAAGAAAAUUACUGAAUAAAAAGGUCAAAAUUUCCAUCCCAUCCUAAAUCUAUAAAUAGUUUGACAUAUUAAAUUUAAAAUAAAAAUUAAUAGUUUUAUUAUUAUAAAUGGGUCAAGAUUAAAUAAAGAUUGUCAUAUUUUACAAAAUAACAUAUCUAAUUAACUUUCUUUUAUUGAAAGUGAAUUUAUCAAUUCAACCAAUUUAAAGUUUUUAUAAAAUAGAUUGAGUAUGUCAAAAUUCACACAAUUUAAAUAUUAAUUGAUACUUUAUUGUCUUAUUAUAUUUCAAUAAAUUAUAUAUUAUUUGAAAUAUCAGCAAAUAACUUCUACUAAAUUGUAUUUCUAUGAAUGUUUGAAUUAGGUAAUGUUUUACAUACAUAAUUUUUAUGAUCAUAUUACAACAAUUAACAGUUAAAAUGAUAAAAGUAACUUUUUUAAUAAUUUUUUUAUCAUAAAUUUUAAUUAUUUAGACUCUAAAGUCAUUUUUUUAUUUUAAAAAAUGGUUUUCUUCUCACAAACCUAUGCUACUUGUAUUUUGUUUUUUACUUUAAUUUUGAUAGUUAAAUAGUUUAAAUAAGAUACAAAGAAAAAAAAAUAUUGUCUUUAAACAUAAUAGAUAUUAUAUGAAUUUCUUACGAUACAAUUAUAGCUGACAAAAUGGACUU